AUGAUGUCCAGCCUCACACGACCACUCCUUCGAGAUCUACGCCGCGCAGCAACCUCACCACAAACCCGACAAUGGCAACAGAUCCGCUUGAGCUCACAUGCUCCCGCAUCUGCCGCGCUCGCAGCUCGAGGCCAGAAGCCUGUGACAAUCCAAACGCUCCAGAAAAUGUACGCUGAGAACAAGCCCAUCACCAUGUUGACGGCACACAACUUCCCAUCUGCCUUAAUGGCGCAAGAAGCUGGAAUGGACAUGAUUCUUGUCGGUGAUUCGCUCGCCAUGGUCUCCCUGGGCAUGGACGACACCUCCGAGGUGACUCUCGACGAGAUGAUCAUCUCCGCUCGUGCCGUCAGCCGCGCAGCCAACCGAUCAUUCACAGUUGGUGAUCUCCCCAUGGGGUCGUACGAACUCAGCCCCGAGCAAGCACUCUCCAGCGCAAUCCGAAUGAUCAAACAAGGUCGCAUGCACAGUGUCAAGUUAGAAGGAGGAGCAGAGAUGGCGCCAGCCAUCAAGAAAAUCACAACUGCUGGUAUCCCGCUGUGCGCGCACAUCGGGCUGACCCCUCAACGUCAACAUGCCCUCGGUGGGUUCCGCGUUCAAGGCAACACCCUCGACAAAGCAAUGUCCUUGUUCAAAGAUGCCAAAGCUGUGGAAGAAGCAGGUGCAUUCGCCGUCGUGCUGGAAUGCGUCCCACCGGACAUCGCCGAGGAGGUUACCAAAGCCCUCAGAAUCCCAACAAUCGGCAUCGGCGCAGGUAACAAGACAAGUGGCCAGGUCCUGGUGCAGAUUGACAUGCUUGGCGUUCGACCGCCUGAUAGUUUCAUGCCGAAGUUCGUCAAGCAGUACGGUUCAAUCUGGGAUGCUGGGUUAACUGCCAUCAAGCAGUUCAAGGACGAGGUCAGCGAUCGAAGCUACCCCGGUCCUGCCCAUGUGUACAAGAGCGAUGCGAAGGUGACGGAGGCAUUCAAGGCAGCUAUCAGUUCCUCAGCAGCACCCGCCAGCCAGCCUAUUGACGCGCCAAAGGCUUGA